UAAAUGUCCUAUCUUUCUGCCGAAAAAGCAGAGACUGAGCUCGCUCAGAGUAUUAAAAAAGCAUGCAGUGUAGAAGAAACUGCUCCCAAACAAAAGCACGUCCGAAAAUGUAUUGUAUACACUUGGGAUCACAGAACUUCAGCCAUUAUCUGGAAUAUUCUGAAAGUCCAACCUUUACUUUCAGAUGAGAUACAAGCAUUCAAAGCGCUUAUUCUUGUUCACAAGAUUGUUAAAGAUGGCCAUCCCAACGUCAUUAAAGAUGCUCUUCGAGAAACAGGUUGGUUGGAGACGUGUGCUCGUAGUGUCAACGGCGAUGGUAUGCGUGGUUAUGGUAACCUCAUUCGCUCCUAUGUCGAUUUUCUUUUACACAAACUUCAAUAUCAUCGUACUCAUCCCGAGUUUAACGGUACUUUUGAUUAUGAGGAAUAUAUCAGUUUAAAGAACAUCGAUGAUCCUAAUGAAGGCUUCGAGACUAUCAACGAUUUAAUGACCUUGCAGGACCACAUUGAUCGAUUCCAAAAGGCUGUAUUUGCUAGUUUCCGUCAUCACUCUAAUAACGAAUGUCGUAUUGCAUCUCUUGUGCCCUUGGUAGAAGAAAGUUAUGGUAUCUAUAAAUUUAUCACUAGUAUGAUGAGAGCCAUGCAUCAAAGAACCGACGCAUCUGAAGCACUCGCACCACUUCGACAAAAAUUCAAUACUCAACAUUAUGCACUCUUAAAGUUCUACUUUGAGUGUUCCAAUUUAAAAUACUUGACAAGUCUCAUUAAUGUACCCAAGCUUUCUCCCGACCCACCUUCUUUAAUCGACGCUAGUACACCUCAACCUCCCAAGCGACCCGAGAUUGCUCGUAUUGAAGCCGCACCUCCACCAGCCCAAGCGUCUCCUGAACCUGUCAUUGAUUUCUGGUCCGAAAAGCAAGCACAACAACAACGUGAGUAUGAUGACCAACAGCAACGUUUAGCUCAACAACGUGCCGAAGAACAAGAGAGAUUGAGACAGAUGCAAAUGCAACAACAACGUGAAUAUGAGGAGCAACAAAGACAGAUGGCAAACUUAGAACGUCAAAGACAAGAAGAAUUAAUGAGACAACAAUCUUAUCAACAACAAAGUGGUAGAAUCAAUGAAUUGGAAAUGCAAGUUUUAAACGGCCGUAAUCAAUUGGAGCGUAAUCAAAUGAUGUUGGAACAAUAUGACAGAAGAGUGAAGGCUCUCGAACAAGAAUUGGCUUCAGUGAACGCAAACUCUCAAUUAAGAGACCAAUCCAAGGACGAAUUGAUCCGAUCUCUCCAAAACGAAAUUCAAAUGUGGAAGAAUAAGUACGAGGCUUUAGCUAAACUCUAUAGUCAAUUGCGAAAGGAGCAUAUUGAUUUAUUAAACAAGUACAAGGCCCUCCAAGUCAAGGCCAAUUCUGCUCAAGAAGCCAACGAGAAAAUGGAACGUCUUCAGGCUGAUAUGCGUGCCAAGAAUAUUGAACUUGCUGAUUUAAUCCGUGAGCGUGAUAGAGCUCGCAACGAAUUAGCUCGUCUUCAAGGUAAUCAACGUGAUGAUAUGGAACGUUUGCGUCGUGAAUUGGAAGAUGCUCGUAACCAAGUGCAGAAUAUGGGUAGAUCCAAGGGUGACGAAGUUAGUGCUUUAUUAGCAAGAUUUAACAAGGAAAAGUCGGAUCUCGAAGCUAGUUUGAUUGAAAAGCAAGCAUUGAUCGAUGAAUUCCUCAAGCAAAUUGAAGAUCAACAAGGUGAAGCAGACCAUAUUCGUCAAGAAAAAGAUGAAGAAAUUGCUGUUUUACAAGCCGGUAUGGAUGAAUGUCUUUCUCAACUUGCAGAGUUGCAACACAACGAUAAACAACAAGAUUUGGAGGAAGAACUUAGUCGAUUGGAAAGUGAACAGUCUGAUAAACUUAACCAGAUUUUGGAUUGCAUUUUGAGCACCUGCGUCCAAAAAAUCAAUGACAGCAUUUACGAACUUGAUCAGCCUGGUUCUCAUGGUAAAGAGAAUUCCACACCUGAAUUAGCAUUAUCAAUGAUCGAAAGAGCCAGUAUUACAUCUGUUGAAUUCAUGUCUGCUUUCAGUAAAUUUUUGGAUGGAAGUCAAAGCGGAGAUCAUACAGGUACCAUCACACGUGCACUUGAAUUCUCAGACACCAUUAUCGAUGUUCUUCAACAUUCUAAGGGUAUCACUCAAUUUGUGAUGCGUGAUGAGGAUGGCGAGGAGUUGAUUAAGCUUGGUAAAGGAUCUGCUGAAGCAUGUAUUCAAUACUUUAGUAGUGUCAUGUCUAGCUAUCUCAAAAUGUUACCACGAUCUCAAAGACCCGAGGUUGUCAUCCAAGGUGAUAUGAGAGUCCAGGAGGCCCUUACCAAAUUAUCGCAAAAGACCGAAGAUUUGAUAUUGACAGGUGCUACUGAUAUUAACAGAAUGGCAGAAGGUGAAGUAGGUGAUCUUGUUGAGCAAGAAAUGACUAAGGCUGCUCGUGCCAUUGAAGAAGCUUCAGCCAAGAUUCAAGACUUGAUGCGUCGUCCUGCAAACCCUUCAUUCUCUGCUACGGAUAUCCAAGUCCAUCAGUUAAUCUUGAACUCUGUUUUGGCUUUAACCAAUGCCAUUGCUAACUUGAUUAAAUGUGCUACGGCUUCUCAACAAGAAAUUGUUUCUCAAGGUCGUGGUUCUGCUUCUAAAGCUGCUUUCUAUAAGAAACAUAACCGUUGGACUGAGGGUUUAAUCUCUGCUGCCAAAGCAGUGGCUAUUGCCACCAAUCUUUUGGUCGAAGCUGCUGAUGGUGUGAUCAGUAAGACACAUUCGCUUGAACAAUUGAUCGUGGCCUCCAACGAGGUGUCUGCUGCCACUGUUCAAUUGGUAUCUGCAUCUCGUGUUAAGGCUAGUUUCAUGUCUCGUACCCAAGAUCGCUUAGAAAUGGCCGCUAAGGGUGUCAAGGAUGCUGCUGCUGAACUUGUUAAGCAAGUCAAGGGUUUGGUUGCUCAACAAAAUAAGAUCGAAGCUGUUGAUAUCGAUUUCAAUAAAUUAUCCGUUCAUGAGUUUAAGCGCAGAGAAAUGGAACAACAGGUCAAGAUUUUAAAAUUAGAUUCUGAAUUAACAAAUGCUCGUCGUGUUUUGGCUGAAAUGAGACGUAGUGGUUACCAUACUGAAGAAACCGAUUAAAUACACACUCACACUCAAACUCACAAACACGCACUCUCAAACACACAUUCCCUAUUCCUUCUCAUUCAUAUUAAACAUCCAAUAAAAUAGUAUACAUGAUUGGAAUUACAUUUUAUUAAUGCAAAAAUU